ACCCCAAACCAAAAAAAAAAAAUUGCACAUUUUUAUUAUAUUUUAGGGUUUAUAAAUUAAAAUUAUCAUAAUGGGAGUUGAAGACACAAAUAUGAAGGAGUACAAGCUAAAGCCCAUGAAAUGCGAGUUCAAUUACCUAAGUAAAUCGGAUGGUUCGGCUAUUUUGUCUCAAGGCAACACUGUAGCUUUAGUGAGCGUCAAUGGCCCACUGGACAUCAAGAUGCAGAGCCAGAGCAUAGAGAAGACCACACUCGAGGUGCUGUUCACCAGUAAAAGUGGAAAACCUUCAGUCGCUGAUAGAUACAAAGAGAAUGCAAUACGUCAGACGUGCGAGACAGCUUUGUUGGGAUGCUUGUACCCUCGCACCGGGAUCACCAUCACUGUCCAAGAGCUGGAGGACUAUGGAGGGCUUAUAGCGUGUAGUGUGAACUGCGUGUGCCUGGCUCUGUUAAACUCGGGGAUCGCCAUGCGGUCGGUGUUCGCGGCAGUGUCAUGCGCGAUCACGGAUGUAGGCAACAUAGUGCUGGACCCGACGCCGGAGCAGGUGGCAGCGGCGCAUGCGCAACUCAGCUUCGUCUUCGAUGGCAGGGACCGGAGUCUUAUUACUGCGUUCACAGAAGGCACGUUCAGCACAGCGGCGUACAACGAAGCGUUGGAGCGGUGUCGCGCCGGCAGCGAGCUGGUGCUCGCCUUCUACCGGGACAUCGUAGGGAAGUACUCUGCAGUCAUCUCCUGACACUAGCCAGUAGCUUGUAAGCUUUGUAAAUAAACGAUAAGGAACUCA